GGCUUCCUACUCGUGACAACAGAUCACUAAGACAGAGCUUUGAAAUAACAGGCGUCUGCGGUGCCUUUUUCCUACACGGCCUAUCCGUUGCCUUAGAGAGUGAAGUCCCACGGGAGAGAUUACAGACGUACGGGUCUUAGCCCAGUCCCAUCUGGGUUGCCAAACGUAGAUCCAAAUUUUGCCUAUUACCUGAAGACACUUAACAUAGAAACAGAUACUCACAUAUUCAAUUGGAGAAAGAAAAAUAAGACACCAGCCCUGAGUGAGAAGAAGCAAGGGUCCAGGUUUAUUCGUUCCGUUCCACCACACCAGAUCCACACAGUUUGAGACGUCCCAAAAUGCGAUCUAAAAAAAAAACAGAGCUGAAGCUCUUCUAUUUAUACAGUUUUCUUAGGGUCAGGAUGACCCAGACAUCAGUAUGUUUUAGAAAGAGCCUUCCCACAAUACCAUUAUGUUUUAGAAAGAGCCCUCCCCGAACACCAUUAGGUUUUCGAAAGAGCCUUCCCAUAAUACCAAUAGGUACGAGACUCAACAUUUCGGAGAGACCUUGGUCUCACGUGGUCCGCCGUUCCCAUCGACGGUUAUCUCGCGGCCCUAGCCAUUCCCAUCAACGGUUAUCUCGCAAGUGCAACUUGGCUCGACUACCCUUAUAAACAUCCCGUCUUGGUUCUCUCUUAAAAAUUAAGGCCUUCGUCUGUGUUACUCCUGACUUUUCCUCGUGAGAAAAGAAUCCUCCGCACCUUCAAGUGCAUUAUGACAUCUGCGUGUGAGCUUCUCGCUGCCUGGGCUAUGUGUGAAUCUGGAAAGCAGUGUCCUGAAGGGGAAAGCUGCGGGGCACGCGUGGAUCAGCUCAAGAGACUCAUCUGGGUGCUGAUGAUCUGGGUCUCGAUCCUUUCUCUGGGCCUGGGAGCCUCCAUCGCUCUCCACAUCAUCCUCCGUCAGGGAUCCAACACGACAGUAACGAUUCCCUCUAAAAUCAUCGAAAGCACGGCCAGCACACGCUCUCAACUCACUUCAUACGUCUUUGACAGGAAUAAAAACCAGGAACGUGAACUGAAACUGCAGUGGCGGAAACGAGAUGAAGACCAAGGAGAUACCGCGGUAAAAAUAGAGGAGGACGGGAAUUAUUUCCUCUUCCUCAGAGUAACCCUGCAGUCCCAGAAUAAAGGUGUGAAUUACACGGUCACGGUUAUAAAGACGCCAGAGGGUAACAAUCCCACAAAUAUCACUGUGGGACAUAUCAAUGCAACAGAGAACUCGACUGGAUUCAUCGGUAUAGGAGCGCUUCUAAGUAAAGAUACGUUGAUAAACGUUAUCUGCAACCCCAAGGCGAAUUUCGAUGUAGGUAACACUUACUUGGGCCUGAUCAAAUUCUGAUUCAUCGUACUUCCUGGAUGUAUCUUCAUGGGAGUAGUUUACAUGUCCACAGGAAAUCAUUUGUUCAUUAUUAUUAUUAUUAUUAUUAUUAUUAUUAUUAUUACCAUGGCGAUCAAUUAUGGAGAAUGAGAUAACAAUUUUGACUUGCUGUUGAUUGACUGGAUUCGAAAUGGUUUGAAUGCGAGACAUUUCCAACACAGCCAUCUUUUCACCCAAAAAAAAAAAAAUUAAAAAAAAAAAAAUAAAAAUUACUUCAUAAUGUUUAACGAUGGCACAGCAUUGCCAUGAAGCUCUCCGGAACGGUUUGCUUUUUUUUUUUUUUUUCCAUAUCUUCGUGUUCAAGCUUUUUUCCCUCAUCAAGCCUGUAGCCCUAUUUGGACAGCAUUCGAUGUUCCAUGGGAGCUCCGGUAAAUCCAUCCUUAAGAGGUGCAAGUCUGCGAUUUUCACAUGGCCUUAGAAAUUGGAUUCUCAUCCCGACCGACACGCCUGUGGUUUUCACAAGCCGAUUUCGACUGCUGCUACAUGCUUUAGACGUCUUUGCGUAUACAUAGAACACUUUCAGCAGCCACAAAUAAAAAAAUAAAUAAUUUUUAAAAAAUGGAUGCUUUGAGAGGUUCUCUCUUAUUUACUGUUUAUUUACAUUUUUACUUUAUCUCCAUGUUGUGUUCACGAAUAAAAUGAUGUCAGUCAAAUGAGCUACAGGUAUAACGCCUUGUCCGUGUAGGCUAAUAACCUGCUGGAUGCUUUUAUUUUAAAGAAUUUAGCAUUUGUGUUUCUACUGGUUUUUAUUACACUUCCCAGCCAUAUCAGUGUGUAUUUAGGAGUGCAAAAUACACAGAAUUCAGCACUACCCACUUUUUUUUUUUCUUUUUUUUUUUUUUUUUUACCUGUAACCUAGUAGUCCAUAAUAUAGAAUUCACUGGAAUAAAUUUUGUCUAAAUUAAGUACGUUUUUUUUUUUUUUUUUUUUUUUAACCUAACUUUUUUAUUAUUAUUAUUUUAAUUCCCUCUGCAUGUGCAAUGUGUUUCAAAUUUCUUCAAAAUGAACAUAUUUUGUCUUCACGGUUACUUCCGUGUUAUCGUGUAAUUAAUUAACGUACUGUACAUACUUUCUCUGUUUAUUUUUUUUAUUUUUUUUUUUAUUUCUUUUGUUAUAUGCACUGAUUUGUACUGAUAGUGAAACCAGCGCUGUUCCAGUUUAUUACGUACGUCAACGUAAUAGCAAAGCUAAUGGUUUUAGGUUUAUUAAAACCUUGAGUGCUAAUGUCUGUAUAUAUCUGAAUUCUUUUUUUAAUAUUAUGUUUUGCUUAAUUUAUUUUUAGUUCAUUAAUAAUGCCGAUCAUUCAAAAUGUACAUACUAGGAUUUUUUUAAAAAAAUUUUUAAAAAAACAAUUUCAUCGUGUUGAUAUGAAUGUAUUACUGUUAAGAGCUGAGUACAAGUUACUUAUCUUGUUGCACAUUAUGAAUGUAAGUCCUUUUUUAUUUUAAUGAAUGAAAAAAAAAUGAUUAAAAACGAUAGUACAACCUACGGCAUGUUGGCACUUUGUCUCUGAGUGCUUUCUUUUUUCUUUUUCUUUUCUAUGUUCUUUUACAUUUAGAUAUACUGUAUCAUUUACAUUGUGUUGCAUAUCAGUCUCAAAUCAUCGUUCAUCUCAAGUCUCAUUUCGUUCAUCCGCUUCCUCUGGAUUUGAUGUUUAUCGGUCCAGACAUUUUUUUUUUUUUAAAUUUGAGGGGCAUCUUUUAAUCGAAUUGGCAAAAUUGCACUUGCGCAAAAUGUCUUUCACCGUGAUGUUUGUUGGUAGCUGUACUCGUGUUCGUCACGCGCGCUGUAAAACCGGAUAAGUUCAUCUGACUCAAAAAAUUUGAGGAAACUAAUUACCUCAAAAUUUAUUUAAGCCAAAAACAUUUAAAUAUAACAAGUUUGAGUUAAAUUUUUGUUAUAUUUAAGUGCAUUUGGCUUAAAGAAAUUGAUUUAUCAACUUAAAAAUUUUGAGUUAACUAGUUUCAGGUCAUUUUUCUUUCAUCUCGAAACUGUUUUCAGCAUGGAUAAUAAUAAAUGUUUCUUGAGCAGCAAAUCAGCAUAUUCGAAUGAUUUCUGAAGGAUCAUGUGACACCGGAGACUGGAGUAAUGAUGCUGAUUAUUCAGCUUGGGUCACGUGAAUAAACUGCAUUUUAACAAUAUAUUCAAAUAAAAAUGUUAUUUUUAAUAAUUGUGAAAAAAUAUUUCACAAUAUCACUGUCUCUGCUGUAUGUUGGAUCAAAUAAACGCAGCCUUGGUGAGCAGGAGAGAUUUUACCCAUCUGAAACUUUUGAAUGGUAGUGUAGGUCUAAUGUUUUUAAGGAAAGUCUUUAUGUAAAGAAAAUGUAUAUUCAGAUGCCUUCUUUUAACUUCAGCUUGAUUUUGUGAAUAAGCUACAAACAAUAUAUUCAAUCAUGAAGUUCCUACAUUCACAUUCCUCAUUGAUAGGCCCAGGGGAGGGGUCUCUGUCUGCUCAGGUGUGAAUCGCAUCAAUAUUCAUAAUAAUUCACACCAAAUGGUCAAAUGGUCUGCUCUUAUAUAGCGCUUUCAUCCAAAGCGCUUUACACUGUGUCUCAUUCACCCAUUCACACACACACAAACUCACACACUAAUGGUAGCAGAGCUGCCAUGCAAGGCGUUAACUUGCCAUCGGGAGCAACUCGGGGUUCAGUGUCUCGCCCAAGGACACUUCGGCACGUGGAGUCACGUGGGCCGGGAAUCGAACCUCCGACCCUACGAUUAGUGGACAACCCGCUCUACCACCUGAUCCACAGCCACCAAAACUUCAUAUCAAAACUUCAUGUCAAAACUUCUCCAGGGCCCAAA